UGUUUAUAAUCAACUGUCAUUUGGAAAGUAUCAAAACACUAAAACCUCUGGCGUCCUGCAAGGUGGUCGUCUGGUGGGCAGUGCCCUCCCCCCUGCUCUGUGUGGCCUUUAGUGGGAUGCAUAGAGUCUGUCCAGCGUGACCCUGAUGGAUGCCUGGGAAGCAGAUGUCUCAGAGGAGGUGGCCCCUAACCCAGCCUGGUGGAGGGAGGCCACGGAGAGGAGGGCCUUGAACCUGAGCCUGGAGGAAGGGCAGACACGGGCCAGCUGGCCCGGGAGGGAGGAAGGCUGGUGCUUUGGGCAGGGCUGUGGGCCAGCAAAGAGGCUGUGGCCUUGGCCAUGCUGGGCAGUUCCCAGCGGGGCCUGGAGGCACCGGAGCCAGGAGGGGCUGUUCCGGAACUAGUGUCACCCACCUCCAGGGCUGAGGGGAAGCAGCUCAGCCUUCAGGCAAGGCAGUGCUGGGUUCUCCCCGCAGAGGCCGUCCCGGCCUCACACGACCGGGGCUGGGACAGGCUGCUCCACAGAUGCCCUGCCUGGAGCACAGCCCCAGAAGGUCCAUCCCCUCCUCCUGGGGCACACGGGGGCUAGGCCAAUGUUACCACCCAUCGUGGCUCCGUGCUGGCUUCCAGCCUCUCCCCCAAACCCAGAACAAGACUCCUGUUCUGGAAUGCAGACUCCAGCUCCUGUUGGCAGAAAGACAGAGAAACUGGGGUCAUUUUUAAUCUACUGGCUACUGAGCGGGCGCCCCCUGCCGCCCAUUGUGACGCCGGCCGCAAACCGGGUCCCGCGGCGGGAGGCCGUGGGCAGAGCCCCGGGAGCCGGCGCUGAGAUGCAGGAGCAGCUCCUGCAGCUGCGGAAGGACAACCGCGACGGGCGCCUGCGGAAGCAGGAGCUGGAGGAGCUGGUGCGCGGGCUCGAGGCCGAGAGCGAGAGCCUCACUGGGCGCCUGCAGGACCUGCGCGAGCGCGAGCGCAGGUGCGGCCGUUGCGCGGACAACGCGGCUCCACUAGCGGGGCACUCGGGGCUUCGCAGGGCGUCCCGCGGCCCCGUCGGUUCGUCCGCCCCGCCCAGGCCCGGACCUCGUUCUAGGAGGGCGGGACCAGGGCCAUUGGCUCAGGGGACCUCCGAAUUCGAGGCUGUGGCGACAAGCGACCUGCGGCUAUGCCUUCCUCGGGGCCACGGGAGUCUGAACACCCGCCGCCUCCCGCCGUGGCAACUGCCUCAGUUUCUCCUCUGUAGCCUGCAGGGCAGGCGAAGCCAGACGGCGCGGACCCUGCGACGGGAGGCACGCGAGGCGGCGCGGCAGCACGCGGAGCAGGCGCGCGGACUGCUGGAGGCGGCCGAGCGGCGCCAGAGCGACCUGGAGCAGCAGAACCUGCAGCUGCAGGAGCAGUGGGAAGAGCUGUCCAGUCAGCUCUUCUAUUACGGAGCGGACCAGCUGAGACAGCAGCGCGCGGAGCGGCACCUUGGGACCCAACUGAUGGCUUUGCAGAAACAGCUGGAGCUGGUGGAGGCCAAGCACGCCAGGCAGGCGGAGAGCCUGCGGCAGGGCGCGCAGCGGACGGAGGAGGCCUGGGCCAGCUUCCAGGAGCAGAGCGGAGUCCUGCAGGAGCUGCAGGGGAAGGUGAUGGAGGCGGCGGCUGCGCUGGACGCCUCGCGCGACGGCCCGGAGCGAUGCGGCUCACAGCCUCGCCGGGUGCAGGACUGCUCGCUCAUGGAGGAGGUGGCCAAGGCCGACUGUGAGAAGCGGCUGUUCGGGGGCGCGGGCUCGGCAGGCAGCAGGCUGUGGGCGCUGGGGCUGCUGCUGCUCGCGCUCGGCUUCCUGGCGCUGCCGCUGGUCCUCCCGGUGGCGGUGAAGCCCGCCGCCCUCCGCCGCGCGCUCCCGCGCCUCCGCUCGCACGCCGCCCUCCGCCGCCUGCGCUACGCGCUGUCCCCGCUGCUCGAGCUGCGCGCGCGCGGGCCGCUGCCCACCUAGAGCGCAUCACGCCGGCCGCGGCCGCCCGCACCUCAGUGUCCCGUGUGGUUUCUGGGCGCCUGCAGGGGGACGUCCGGGGAGGGUGUGGGUUCGUGUGACCCUGGCGAUUGGUUUCUGGGCGCCUGCAGGGGGGCGUCCGGGGAGGGUGUGGGUUCGUGUGACCUUGGUGGCAGAGCUGCGGGCCCUGGCACCGCGGGCUCGGCGGGGGCGGGACCUUCCAGGCGGACCCCGCGCUUCGAGAGGCUGCCCCGGGGCGCCCCGCGGCGGAGCUGACGACCCGGGCCCGCGCCCGGAGCGAGCCCCUCUCCCGCAGCCCCGGCCUCUGCACAAGGGCCACGUCGGAAGGUGGUCAGUAUCUUGUUGAACUUACCUUCCCCUGCUAGCGAGCCUGAGCCGGGGGCAGCGGGGGGCGGCGGGGAGCUGGCGGGUCACGUCUCCCCCGGGGCUCCCUUGGCCUGCUGCGUGGGCUCAGCCCCAGGCGCAGUGCGUCCCAGCACUGCUGGCAGCGCGCGCACCACUGCAGUCUUCGUGGGAAAUCCUUUUUUUUAAUGUGAAAUGUUCUGCUUUGUGGAAAUAAACACUUAAAGUUUCAUUUUGUCUGAUACAAUACUGCCCUACUUUUAUUAUUAUUAUCUUUGGUAAUGAAGCUCUGUGUAUCUCCUUGUGCACACAUACAUGGGUUUUUGCCAUGGCUUUUAAACAAUUUUUUUGAUUUGUGUUUAGUCAUUUUUUGUUUAAAUUGCUUAUGGACUCCUUUGUGUCAUAUUUUACCAAAUUCAAGAACUGUGCGUUGUGUCCUAAAAGAUCCAUUUUGUUUGGAAGUCAUGAAGAUAUUCUCACACUCUGAAUAAUUUUAAUUGGUGUAAACAUUUUGUUUAUCCAUUCAUUGUAACACUUUGCUGCUAAACAUUUUAUGGAUUCAUCUGUAGAUGGACCUUCGGAUUGUUGUCACCGAAAGGCUGUGGUGAAUUGCCUCUGUGAGCAUCGGGGUGCAAAUAUACUUGAGUUGCCACUUUCACUUCUUUUGCAUUUGUGGCCAGAACUGGAAUGGCUGGACCGGUGGUAAUUGUGUUUAAUUUUCCAAGGGACUGUUAGGCUGUGUUCCCUGACGGCUGCUCCAUUUUACAUUCCCACCAGUAGUGCACAAGGAUUCCAUUUCCUUCACAUCCUUGCCAACACUUGUUGUUUCCUGUUUUGUUGUAUGUUAAUGUUGUAUGUUAAAGGUGUGACUUUUUUGCUUUCAAUUUUUAGAGAUUGCAUUCUCUAAUUUUUGUCAUUUAUGAUUACAAAGUCGAACCUAUAAAACAGGACAGCUUAGGGAAGACAAGUUUUAUCCCUAUGCCCCCCUACCCUGUUACCCCCACUCCUUUAUAAGAACUAUUUUUAAAAAUGGACCUUCCUUUAUUCCCCUUAACUGAACAAAACACACAGCCACGGCCCUCUCCUCCUUUCUUAGGUGAGCACCGCAGGCCUCUGCCCUCCUCAGCACCGGGCACCGGGCUCUGGGUGGCAUCGGGUGAGAUGCGGCCUUAGGUCAGGUAGUGAUGUGGGUGGAGAGGAGACCGUUGCGAACUUCUUGUGUUUGCCAGCGAGCCUUUGAGAUGGAUUCCUGAACGUGGGGUUGUGGGGCAGCGUACUGCUAGGGACCGGCCAGGUUCCCCUGCGGCUGGACUGUUUUGCAUUCCCACCAUCGCUGGAUAUGAGGGCCCUUCCCCCCGAGCCUUGCCCACCGGGAAUACUCUCACACUGGGGUUUUUGUCAGUCUGAUGGGUGUAGUUUUAUUUGUACUUCUCUUAUGAUCAAGGUUGAGAAAUUUUUAAUGUUUAAGGGAAGUUGCCUUUCUUUUUCUGUAAACUGGUCAUGUCAUUUGCCCAUCUUAAAAAUAUAGGAUUGAGGGCGUUUUCUAGGCAUUUUAAAUUUGCAUUCUGUUCUAAAUACUUUUGCAGUUUGUCUUACACUUUGUUCAUGGAGUUCUUUGCUACCAUAUGUUGUUUUGGUAACAGUUUACUUCUGUACUGAUUCUGGAUUUUGUCUGGGAAGUUUUCCUCAUUUCUGGGUUAUUAAGGAAACUCAUCCCUGUCUUCCAAAAUUUGCAUGGUUUCUUAGUUCACAUUUCAACCUCUGGUCAGCUUCAGACUUAUCAUGCUUUAUGAUAGGAAGAUCUUUUUCAUUUUCAUAUAAAUUUUAGACUCAGUUUGUCAAUCUCCAUAAAAAUAUCUGGGAUUGGAAUUACACUGAAUUUAGUGAUCAAUUUGCAGAAAAUUAAGUCUUCCAAUCCUGGAACAUGAUGUCCAUCUCCAUUCAUUUUCUCAUCAAUGUUCUGUACUGUUCAGUGUGGAGGUCUUGCACUUACAUUUGUCCUUAGGUAUUUUGUUUUUGGAUGCUAUUAGAAAUCGUGAAGAUUUUUUUAAAAUUUCAUUUUCCAUCUGUUCAUUGCAUGUAUAGAAAUAAAAUUGACUUGUAUAAUGACCUUGUAUACUGCCAUAUUGCUUAACUCCCUUGCUCCUUGAACUUUUCUGUAGAUUUCUUUGGAUUUUCUGGAUAAUUUCGUUGUCUGUGAAGCAGACGGUUUCUUGUCCUUUUCAGUCUGCACGCCCUGGCCUUGCACUGGCCACACCCUCAGUGCAACGCUUUGAAGUCCUGAUAAUGGGUACCUUGUCUUGUUCCUGAAUUUAGGGGGCCACCUUAAGUACUUUAUCAUUAAGAUGUUAGCUUUUUCUUAAAUGAUAUUUGUCAGAUUGAGGAAGUUUCCUCUUAUUUCUAGUUUGCUGAGUUUUUAUUAUGAAUGGGUGGUGGAUUUUGUCCGGUGCUUUUUCUGCACCCAGUGAAAUGCUCAUAGGGCUUUCCUUCAUUGGUCUGUUACUGUGAAGUACACCGCCCAGUCCCGAAUGUCAGGGCAAGUCCUGCGUUACUGGGAAAGGCCCGCACCGCCAUGGCGGGCUCUUUGAUAC